UUUCUUCUUUUAAAUGCAUUAUUACACUUUAAAAAAAUAAAUGACAGAUAUCGCUUAUUAUUACUGUUAUAAAUCUAAUACUAAUCCUUUUAAUUUUAGCAAAGUAUCUUAUUUGAUUCAUAACUUUAGUGACCUAUGUGAAUUAUUAGAAAUUAACAAUUUGUUACCAUCUCAUCCUCAUUCUCUAAUACAGCAAAGUGUACAAUCUACAAAAUAUCUUGUGAGUAAGGCUCGCAGCACAUAUGAAAAAAGGCCCUCUUUACCAAAGCCAAUUCGAUAUCAUUCAGCAAGUACUCGGCUCACUGAAGGUCUUAUAUUCCGAGCUAUACAACACUGGUGUUGCAUAAGUUUUAAGGUUGCACCGAUUGAAUUAAGUUUAUUACAAAAGAAGAAUACUCCAAGGACAAUACUCUAUUGUGUGGCUGCUAUCAGUAUGAUUACCAUUAACGAGCAGCAACCAACAAUGAUAAGCAAUGGUCGUCAACAACCUAAUAAUAACACUGUCAAUAAUAAAGCAACAGAAGAUUUCAAAAGAGAUAGUGCCUAUUAUUUUUAUAAGAGGGCUUGUCAUUAUUUAGAAGAAUUUAUUUUCCCAGAUAACGAAGAAGAAGAUUUGCAAUUAUCCAUCAUAGCUAUCCAGUGUUAUUUUUGUCUUAGUUAUACUGCAACCCUUUUACGUGUCACUGGAGAACAACAUACAUGGCAUUAUUUCGCUAGUGUUCUUUUAAAGAAUAAAGUCAAAUAUGCUGAUAGUUCGCCUAUUUUAAGGAAUUGCUGGUAUCGCUGGUAUUAUAUAGAUGCUUGGUUAGCAAUUUCAUUAAAUCAAGAAUGUUUACUACCAGAUAAAAUCCCCUUCAAAAUUAAAGAAAUAUCUGCUGGCAUAAAUCAGAAUUAUCAUUAUGAUACUACUUUCCCUAACUUCAAUCACUUCACAACGCCUCAUCAUGUAGCACAGCAGGAACCAACUAGACAGCAUAAUCAUUGCUGUACGUCACAAGAUUCCUAUCUUCAAUUUGCUUAUUUUUCUCAGUACAUGCGUAAAUACAAUAGAGCAAUUCAGUCUUAUACAUUAUCUUCAACAUAUGAUUCAUUAACGGCAGAAGUCAAAAGAUGGUGGGAUAAUCAAUUGAAUCCAAGUUUACAUCUCAAAUUAUGUUAUUAUUCAAUGCAUCUUGUGGUUUUAUUUUCCCUAUUACAACAAGAUAAUUAUCAGGUUACAAUUAACCUUUUAUUAGAAGCAUUAGAUCUUACAUUGAAGAUACUUCAGGGUUUAGAUGAAAUUAAGAUAAUGAAAUGCGACCUAAGUACUUAUCAUCAUAUGUUUUUUGCAAUUCAUCAAACAUUGAAGGCUAUCCUAUUUCAUAUAAAAAGAAAGAAAACAUUUAUUCUAUAUCUAGAGAAGUUCGCAAAGCAACAAUUGAUCUUUAAUUUAUGUAUUUUAGAAAGUAUUGAUAUCUUUAACCAUGAUUUAUAUCAAAUGAAAAGCAUGGUUUCCAAUAUGAAAUCAGAUCUGUAUAAUUUAGGCUGUCUUGAUAAUGUUGCUACGCAAAGUCAACAAUUAGUUUAUGUCUUUAGAGCUGAAAUUCCUGCCAAAUCUGCCAAAUCUGCCAAAUCUGCCAAAAAAAAGUAGUCACAUAAUAAUGAAUUAAAAAAAAAAGGGACCCUUUUCGUUUCUUUUUAAUAUUGUUUUACCUAUAUAAAAUGUUCAAAUUGAUAUCUAGAACCUCUUUUAAAAUAAACAGCUCAUCUUUUAAAUAUCAACACUACUAUACAACUUUGACUAAUAACCAAAAACUCCGUAUUUUAUUUUUUGGAACUGACAGUUUU